AUGUCUUGGACCAUCCCACGACUUUAUCAAUCGCGUCCGGUCGUCGUCCUGGGAGGUGGUGUGUUGGGACGCAGAAUCGCUGCGUGUUUUGUGUCUGCAAAACACCACGUCAUCAUCCGGGAUCCUUCAGAAAAUUCUCGCAAUGAUGCGCUCAAGUAUAUCAAGCAGAACAUCCCGACCUAUCUCGACAAAUCCCGCGGCAAAGAGGGCUCUUACGAGGGUGUCUCGGAUUUGAAGACUGCAGUCAAGGAUGCAUGGCUUGUGGUUGAAGCGGUUCCAGAGAUUCUCAGCCUCAAGGAAGACACGUUCCUCGAUCUUGAAAAACACGCUCCUAAGGAUUGCAUCCUCGCAAGCAAUAGCUCCUCCUACAAAACCAGCGAGCUUCUUGCAAAAGUGACCGAUCAGGCCAAGACGCGUGUUCUCAACACUCAUUUCAUGAUGCCACCAAAGCAAAUGAUAGUCGAACUCAUGACAAGCGGUCAUACUGACAAAGAAAUUUUCACUUUCAUGGAGAGUGAACUUCGCAAGGCUGGUCUUCAUCCCUUCACUGCCAACGCGGAAUCAACUGGAUUCAUCUUUAAUCGAAUUUGGGCCGCUAUCAAGCGUGAAUGUCUCUCGGUAAUCCGAGAAGGUGUUGCUGAUCCCAAAACUAUUGAUGCGAUCUGGAAAGAACAAUAUCAAAGCCCGAUAGGACCGUGCGAGUUGAUGGACGAAGUGGGUUUGGAUACCGUCGAGCACAUCGAAGCUCACUACGUCAAGGACCGCGGUUUGCCUGAUACCACACUCAAGUGGCUCCGCGAAAACUAUGUCGACCCAGGCAAGCUUGGCGAUAAGUCUGACAAGGGUGGACUAUAUGACAAAUGA